AAUGUUCGUUAUGUUACACCGAGUUGCUGCUCUUGGAUGCAAGCACUGCUAGCAGAUGGCAGCACAGGGUUCUGAUGAUUCCUGUCAAACAGAUGAUUUGUCAUUUAAUCCAGAAUAACAAUGAACGAAAAAUAAGAUCCACAUAUCGCCACAUUUCAUAGUGAUGUCUGUAACAGAGGAUAAGCAGGCCAGUAUUAAGUCACUAAAAGAGAGUCCAACAGAGCAGGUAGAAGGGGCUUGUGGAACUGAACUUGGAGGUUUUAGGCCGUCGACCCCAUACAGCGAAAAUGGGGACAAUCUUAGCAUGGAAGUGAGAUUUAGUGAGGGCAGUUCUCACCAUGCUAGCGAUAUAUCGUCCGUUUCCUAUCAGAAUCUGUUAGACGAUGAUGCCACUGGUGCUGAGUUGUCAAGAAGAGGCAGUGAAGACAGUGUGGAUUCAUACUUGCAGGACUAUAAUGAGGACAAUCAGAAACUAGACACAGCAUGCACUGAUGACUACAGAGAAAGACUCUCUGAGAGAAUCUCAAAACAGGUUUAUGAGAAAGACAUUAUGAAAGUGGAGGAUAGGAAUCUGCCUAAAAGUUGUAAUAGUGUGAACAGUGAUCCUGGUCUUGAUGCCCAGGUGCUGUCAGACUUACAGUUAAAACAAUUGAAAUCCAAUUCAGUCAAUCCACCAUUAAAUGUUCAAGAUAGCUUUAGGAAACACGAACUUGUUUUGACCAUGCGAGAUCAGCAGAGAAGUAAGUCAUUGCCUCCUGCUGAACAAAAUGUGGCAAUAGAGAAGAAAAGGAAUAGUUUAGAAAUCCGCAAUAAUAUACCUGUUGCAGGUGAAGUGAAAAAUUAUCAGAAGGACAUUCAUUUUGAAACAACUUCUUACAGUCAUGGUGCUAAGCCUAAAAUACCUAAACAGUCACCUGGUCUUGCUUGUAGAGUAGAAGAAAACACAUUAAACGAGGAAGGGAAACGUAUUAUGGACAGCAAUGCUACACAGAUAAUUAAUGAUCUGAUUCAGGUAUCAAAGGCAAAUGCUGCGGCAUUAAAUAAGUCUCUUAAAGAAAACAAUGAUGAUAUAUCAGAAUCUUUACCUCACACUUGUCAAACUGUGACAGGCAGCCUGCCACCAACUGAUAUUGUGAAUGAGUAUGAAUAUGUGAAAUACUCACGCAUACAAGAGGGUAAUUCCUAUAUAGGUAUGAGGCUGGCAUACAGUAGUUCUGAGUCAGAUGGUCACUUACAAAAGUCUGUUGAUGGUGGACUGGAAGACAUGCAUUCUGGAGCAGAUAUUGGGGAUCCAGAAAAUCAUCUUGGGGGUUUCUUCAGCCCGGAUUCCCAUGUUGGACAUGUUAACGUGAACAUAAAUGAAGAUGUUUUAACUGAAAUUCCCCUUAAUGGUCCAGAAUUAGGGGAAGAUGGCAAAGCCUUCACUCUGUCCCCUGAAAACACUGACUGUGAGAGUCUAGAAAUUGAAAGUGUGGUUUCCGAAGGUGACAGCGAGACUAGAGGAAUGCCAAAUGUGGAAGAUGGUUUGUCAAGUAGUCAGACAAGUGACAAUGAGGAGAAUGUGAGGUCUGAACAUAACACUCCAAAGAAGAUGCUACAGAAGAGACAACAGGAGGAGGUGGAGAGGAAGCUGUAUGGUGUGGAAUGUGCGGCCAUGAAGCCACUGGAGAUGGAUGCAGAGGCGAUAAUGGACGACCUGAAGAUGAAGAGAGAGGCCCUGGACCAUGCAAUAUCCGAAAUUAAAAAUGCUAUCAGAAAGAGCAAAGGGGUUUCACUUGAACCCCCUUCCACGGAUGAUGCUGAGGAUCCCAUCUGGAUAAAAAGGGAAGAACCUCCAGUGAUUCCAAAAGGGAGCUCCACAUAUGAGGUCAUAAACGGCAAAAGUGAGGUCAACAAAGCCCAGAAUGUUGGAGGGGGCUACAAACAGGAUCUUGACCACCGGUCAGCAGUCAGUGGCAGCAAGCCGGACCAAGACACCAGGCAAAGCGUGGUGACCCAUAAGCAGGGGGUUGACAGUAAAACUGGUACCAGGUCAGAUACGGGGGGUCAGCGACUGCCGCACGAUAUUGCUGACAAACAUGAAGAGCAUAUUUAUGAGGCAACUCAUGAGAAAGAUCGGCUUCUGACCAGUCCUAGUGUAAGAGAUGGAAAAGGCAGCCAGACAUCGAGAGGCUAUGAUUCGGAUGAAGAAUACAAUGAAGAUGACAUUCGUUACACGAGAAGAAACCGCGGAAAAAAGUAUUCUCAGAUUCCAAAGGACGAUUCAACUGAGCACAGUCACAAUAAAUGUGGUGGUAAUGGCAUAUCAAAUGCUCGGGUAGAUAGCGUUAGUAUGUACGGGGACUCCAACUCGUACGCAUUUACGCAGGACAGUCAUAGCGAGCGAAGGGAGUCGAUCACUUCGUCAGAAGACUUGGGUAGUGAGACAGAAAUUAGUGGUCGCCCAUGCUUUGGCCACAACAGGAGGGAAGGAGAUUUUGACACAGAUGAGGAGACAGACCAGCUGCUGGAGAAGCAGUACCAAGGCAACCAGUAUGUGGACAUUCCAGAGCUCGCCCAGCCCCCUGUCAACAGGAGCGCUCAGGCUGAAAAGAGAAAGUCUCGUGCAAAAGAAGUUCAAAUCAAUGACCCUGAUAACCCUUCAGUGUUGAUUGAGGGCGUCCUGUUCAGGGCCCGAUACCUGGGCUCCACCCAGCUCAUAUCCGAGGGUCAGCCCUCCAAGGCCAUGAGGAUGAUGCAAGCCCAGGAAGCUGUUGGCCGAAUUAAGGCCCCUGAGGGUGAGAAUCAGCCAAGUACAGAUGUAGACCUCUUUGUUUCCACAGAGAAAAUCAUGGUCCUCAACACAGACCUUCAGGAGAUCAUGAUGGACCAUUCGUUGCGCACAAUUUCCUACAUUGCGGACAUUGGCGAGAUCCUGGUCAUCAUGGCCCGGAGACGCUUGAUUGGCAGCCCUGGUGACACUGACUCCAUGCGGAGAAGAAAGCAGGCCAAGAUCAUAUGUCAUGUCUUCGAGAGCGAAGAGGCCCAGCUGAUAGCCCAGUCUAUUGGGCAGGCGUUCCAGGUGGCCUACAUGGAGUUCCUGAAGGCCAAUGGCAUAGAGGACACUGGGCUGCUGAAGGAGAUAGACUACCAGGAGGUGCUCAAUCAGCAGCAGAUCUAUGGAGAGGAGCUCACUAUGUUCUCCAACAAGGAGAACCAGAAAGAGGUGAUAGUGCCCAAGUUGAAGGGCGAGCAGCUGGGUGUGGUGAUAGUGGAGUCAGGCUGGGGCUCCAUGGUCCCCACAGUGGUGCUAGCCAACAUGAGCCCCACAGGACCCGCCGCCCGCUGUGGACAGCUCAACAUCGGGGACCAGAUCAUCUCUGUCAAUGGCAUCAGUCUUGUUGGACUGCCACUGUCCAGCUGCCAGUCUAAUAUCAAGGGUACUCGCCAUCAAACGGUUGUGAAGCUGACAGUUGUGCCAUGUCCCCCAGUGGUGGAGGUCCUAAUCAAGCGACCUGAUGUCAAAUAUCAGCUGGGCUUCAGUGUACAGAAUGGAGUGAUCUGCAGCCUGCUACGAGGGGGUAUCGCUGAGAGAGGAGGAGUGAGGGUGGGACAUCGUAUCAUAGAGAUCAACAACCAGUCUGUGGUGGCCGUACCACAUGAAAAGAUUGUCUCCUUGCUGGCAAACUCAGUUGGGGAGAUCCACAUGAAGACGAUGCCUACAUCGAUAUUCCGCUUGCUCACUGGCCAGGAGACCCCUCACUACUUGUAGAACUGGCUGCUUGCUAGCCAUCCUGUGAGCCCUAGUCUGGGAAAACUGGGCUUAAUGCAUGUGCGUUAAGAGUUGUCCCAAAUUAGCCUGUGCUGUCAGUACAGGCUAAUCAGGAACGCUUCUUCCCGCUUUUAUGGAAUUUUUUUGUUGAUAGAAAGUCUCAAAUAACCAAAAAUCCAGUUUAAGUGGAAAGUGACAACACUUUACACACAUCUAUUGUGCCCAGUUUAAGUGGAAAGUAACAACACUUUACACACAUCUAUUGCGCCCAGUUUAAGUGGAAAGUGACAACACUUUACACACAUCUAUUGCGCCCAGUUUAAGUGGAAAGUGACAACACUUUACACACAUCUAUUGCGCCCAGUUUAAGUGGAAAGUGACAACACUUUACACACAUCUAUUGCGCCCAGUUUAAGUGGAAAGUGACAACACUUUACACACAUCUAUUGCGCCCAGUUAAAGUGGAAAAAGACAACACUUUACACACAUCUAUUGCGCCCAGUUUAAGUGGAAAGUGACAACACUUUACACACAUCUAUUGCGCCCAGUUUAAGUGGAAAGUGACAACACUUUACACACAUCUAUUGCGCCCAGUUUAAGUGGAAAGUGACAACACUUUACACACAUCUAUUGCGCCCAGUUUAAGUGGAAAGUGACAACACUUUACACACAUCUAUUGCGCCCAGUUUAAGUGGAAAGUGACAACACUUUACACACAUCUAUUGCGCCCAGUUUAAGUGGAAAGUGACAACACUUUACACACAUCUAUUGCGCCCAGUUUAAGUGGAAAGUGACAACACUUUACACACAUCUAUUGCGCCCAGUUUAAGUGGAAAGUGACAACACUUUACACACAUCUAUUGCGCCCA